AUGGCGUCGCAUCCAAUGCCUCUUCGCGACCUUCAGGUCGUUUCCAUUCAGAAAAUCCUCAAUUUGAACCAUGAUCCGCAGACAGAAGACAGCCAUCACGAAUCCUCCGCGCAAGGCCUCAUCUCGACCCCCAUCUUGAACGAGGAUGGCGACCCGAUCUGGAAAGUUCUGGUAUUCGAUAAUAUGGGACGGGAUGUUAUUAGUAGUGUGCUCCGGGUCAAUGAUCUGCGAGCUUGGGGCGUGACGAUCCAUCUAAACAUCAAUUCCAAUCGAUAUCCGAUUCCCGAUGUCCCAGUCGUCUAUCUCGUUGAACCUACGGCUACCAAUAUUCAAAUGAUUACAGACGACUUGGCUCGCGGACUCUAUACGCCUGCCUACGUGAACUUCCUAUCGUCUGUGCCUCGGCCGCUUCUAGAGGACUUUGCCUCUCAGAUAGCGACCACGGGGGCAUCGGAGCAUAUCGCACAAGUCUACGAUCAAUACCUCAACUUCAUCGUCGCUGAGCCAGACCUUUUCAGCUUAGGCCUAGGGCAUGACGCUUACUGGAAGAUUAAUAGUGCGCAAACAAGUGAUGAGGACCUAGAUGUAAUCAUUGAUAAGAUUGUCAGCGGCCUGUUCAGUGUUAGCGUUACGAUGGGCGCGAUCCCCAUCAUACGAUGCCCUAAAGGUGGCGCGGCAGAACUCAUAGCGACGAAACUCGACCGCAAACUCCGUGAUCAUAUCCUUAAUUCAAAGGAUAAUUUGUUCUCAACCAAUAAGAAAACUGCCCCGGGUGUCCCUUCUUCAAGACCUGUGCUAGUCAUUGUCGAUCGCAAUGUGGAUUUGGUUCCCAUGCUUUCUCACUCGUGGACAUACCAAUCCUUAGUGCAGGAUGUCCUCCAGAUGCGCCUCAACCGGAUCACAAUUGAGACGACGGAUGAAACAAAUCCUGGCAAGGUCACCAAGAAAGCGUAUGACCUCAACAGCAACGACUUCUUCUGGAAGCGUAAUGCCGGGGCUCCCUUCCCUCAGGUAGCGGAGGAUAUCGACGCCGAGCUAACGAAAUAUAAGGAGGAUGCGAACGAAAUCACAAAGAAGACUGGUGCUUCUUCUAUUGAGGAUCUCCAAAAUGACACCAGUACCUCUGCGCAGCAUCUGAAGGCUGCUAUCACCCUUCUUCCGGAGUUGCGGGAACGCAAAUCCAUUUUGGACAUGCAUAUGAACAUUGCCACUGCGCUGCUGCAAGGGAUAAAAGAUCGCCAGCUCGAUAACUUCUUCGAGCUUGAAGAGAAUAUCACGAAGCAAUCCAAGGCACAGAUCUUGGAACUGAUCAAUGACCCAGCCAAGGGCAGCGAUCCGACGGAUAAGCUUCGACUCUUCCUGAUCUGGUUCCUGAGCACUGAGACCGAACUAAACCGCGCCGAUAUGAGCCAGUUUGAAGAAGCCCUUACCCGUGUUGGCGUCCAGGACGUCAGCCCUAUCGCCUAUGUCAAACAAGUCCGCGAAGUCACUCGCAUGACUAUGAUGACUACUGCCGCACCGCAGCAACAAUCCUCUGAUCUAUUUCGUGGCUUCUCGUCGCUCUCGAAUCGCUUGACAGAUCGCAUCACAUCUGGGGCGCUGGGUGCCAAUUUCGACUCCCUGAUCUCCGGUGUCAAGAAUUUCCUCCCUGCAAACAAAGACUUGACGUUGACCAACAUCACCGAAUCGCUCAUGGAUCCAGCCUCCGCGUCCAGCUCCGCCAUUGCCAAAACUGAAAGCUACCUCUACUUCGACCCCCGCAGUGCAAAUGCCCGUGGUGCCAUGCCCCCCGCUUCCGCUUCUCGCAAUACCCAAUCGCCUGCCACCCUAGGUACCCCCGGGCCAGGAACAGGUGCCAGCUUCGGUCAGCGCCGCCAAGCCUUCAACGAAGCGAUCGUCUUCACCGUCGGAGGAGGCAGCAUGGACGAGUACGGCAACUUGCAGGACUGGGUCCGUCAGACCAGCGGACAGCCUGCCAGCGAUGGUGCAGCGGCCGGUCGGGGAACAGCAUCCCAGAACACUCCCCGGCGAAGAGUCGUCUAUGGCAGUACGGAUUUGAUGAACGCUAACGAAUUCCUAACAGAGUCAUUGGCUAGGUUGGGCCGCGAAAGCUGA